GGGUGGGUGCCCAGUGUGGAUCAGGGACAUUGAGCCUCCUCACCAUGGCUGCUACAUGUGGCCAGACCCUGGGCUCCCUCCUCAUCCUUCUGCUGGGACUCACAGCUGGAAAGCCCUUCAUCUCUCUGACGGGCCCAUCUCAGAGGACAACCCCUGGAAAUCCGGUGCCUUUCAACUGUACUGCUGGCCCCUUCAGCUCCUGGGACUUCAAUGUCACCUGGAUGAAGGGCAGAGAUGAGCACCCAGCCUCAGCUCAGCACGUAGUGACUAACGACAAAGGCAACUAUUCCGUCACCAGCAAGGUGUGGGUGACACUGGCCCGCCAAGAUAUCUUACUGGGGAUCACCUGUGAGGUCACCCACAGAGAGCUUGAGGAGCCCCUGCGGAAGACCAUGAACCUGUCCCAAGUACUCCAAGUUGUCCCCACCCUGAAGAUCACCACCAAGACCUCGGGGAUACACAUCCACGUGCAUCAGAGAGUGAAUCUCACCUGCCACGUGGGCCACUUCUACCCCUCCCACCUGCGUCUCACCUGGAUGGAGAACAGACACAAGGUGCAGACGGUGGAGUCCCCACAGGUCACAAGAAACCCAGAUGGGACCUAUUCUUUGGAGCACACCUGGCAGGCAGAGGCCACGCUGGAGGGGAGCGAGUUUGCCUGCUGGGUGGUCCAGGAUGAGCAGCCCCCAGUCCAGGCCAACAUCACCCUGCGGGCCCAGGGGUCAAGGUCAGGGAAAGGUCGGAGCAUCCACCCUUCCUCCUUGCAAGGCCCCCUCCAGCGAUCAGAGCCGGGCACAAGCAUCCAGCUGACCUACAUGUCCUCCGGCUUCCCCUCACGUCACGUGACUGUGACCUGGCUGAAGAAGAACCGCGAGCUCCCCAAGCAGCAGACCCACGUUCACGCCAGCGGAGACACGUACAACGUGACCAGCAGAGUCCUCGUCCCUCUGCUGGCUGACGACGUGCUCUCCGUGGUCCAGUGCCACGUCAGUCACAAGUUCAUGCUGGUGUUCCACAAAAACAUCAGCCUGGACCAGUACCUCCUUGUUCCCCCUACAGUGACAGCUUCCCAGGCUUCUUUCUCCUUGGACUUGGUGGCUAUUACCUGCCACGUGCAGAGAUUCUAUCCACAGAGUGUGCAUCUCACCUGGACAGAGAACUGUCAUACCUUCAAGGGAGCUGAGAAACUUACAUCCAAGCAGAAUAGCGAUGGGACCUACACCUUGGAAAGCUUGCAUUUAGUGAAUGUGUCGGGGCAGGAGUCUGAGCGGGUCCUCACCUGUAAGGUGCAGCAUGAGGCACAACCUCCUAUCCAGGCCAACCUCAUACUGUCCAGAGCAGCCCACGGCACAUACAAGCCCAUGGAAAGCUUAGGUCCACAGAUGCCUGUCCUUAUCUUUGUGGCUUUCCUUUUCGGCUUCAAGGUGCUGCUGGUGAUGAGUUUCAUAGUCACGUACAUCUGCAGGCGGCAGAACCUGUAACAGGCUGAGAUGUCAGAGAGGUGAUUGCAGCCCGGACCUGAAGGCCGGCAGCCAUAAGGCAUUUACUAUCUGGUCCUCUAAGAAGUUUGCAAUGCCUGAGAGAAUAUUUAGAGAACUCUAACAACAAAGCAGCAAGAAGAAGGACAAUCACAUUUUUUAUGUGCAUAAAAAAGAUUUCAUCAGAGCUCCACCAAAGAACAUCUAUGAGCAUCAAUGAGAGUUUUGCUGAUGCAAAAUGUAUUAAAAAAAAAAAGACUGCUCUGUCCCAGUUUAUAAUACGUUUCAAUCCCUCUUUUGGGCAAAAUUUCCCACCUCAUCUUGUUCAGAAUGGCUAUGGCUCUCCUUGGCCCAGAUGCAUUUUAGAAUCACUUUGUCAACUUUCAUUAAAAACCCUCUUACAAUUAUGAUUUGAUUGCUUUCACUUUGUAUAUCCAUGUGGGCAAAUUGACAUCUUUCUGAUACUGAGUUUUGCCACUCACAGACA